UUAUUUUUGGAAGCGGGUCGUAAAAUUUAAGUUUCGUUGAAAUUUGUAUUAUUCAUGUCUCAUCACGAAAACUUAUUUGCAUUUUCAGGGCCAAAUGUUCGGUGGAGCUCAUUAGUUUAAGACGCAGAAAGGAAGUCAUUAAAAAUUGUGGUUUCAAAGAUACAAGACAACUCUCUUUUUGGUGGAUCUAUCCAUUCCAACUAAGUAGGAGACCUCACAAAACAGUGUUAACCGUUGUUAGAGUCGUGUCAACGUAUUUUUUUUUUCUAAGAAUCAUAAACCGUAAAUCGUGACCUUCCAACUUCGGAGAUAGUAAAAUUCGUAGCUGAGUGCUUAUUUCAUAAUUUUUGGAGAGAAACUUUCACAAAGUUACCAACGAUGAAUCCCUGCCCAGCUUGCAACGCCGUAAUCGAUGCCGCCGGUUGGCCAAUCCGCUGCAGCGGCCAAUGUGGUCUGUUUUUCCACGCCCAGUGCGUGAACCUAUCGCCGUCCCAGUUUGGCGCGUGGAACGACAAGGUCGGCCUGCUGUGGUUCUGCCUGCAAUGUUUUCCAGCGUUCAACCCGGCGGUGGCCGCCAUCCGGAAGACUACGGUGGCCCGAGUCGAAGAGCUCGAGUCCAAGCUCAACAGCGGCCUUGGACGAUUUGAAUCUCUCGUUAAAGGGUUAAGGGGAAAUUUGGCGAGCGUGGCGACGGCCAGGGUGGCGGCCGUGAAGCCGCCUCUGCCGACACUUCCGACCGAGAUGUGGGAGGAGAUCUUCCUGAAGCUGGACCUGUGCACGCUGAAGAAGGUACGGCUGGUUUGUCGCAAGUGGAACGAGAUCGUGACCUGCUGUCCAUCGUUGUCAAACAGUUACGUGUUGACUAUUCCGGCGCCGCCAAAGUUGGAGGACAUCGGGACCGUCCGGAGCACGCUGGCUUGCCCGGCUCAAUUCUCGAACGUAGCGGUAACUCUUAGGCCGUUUGCAAACCCGGGGCAGAGCGUCUGGUGGAAGUCGGCGUGGCAAUCGUUUGGCCAAACUUUGCAAAUUUUUAAAUUUAAAGGCGAUAACGAAACCAACCCCACCAUGCUGGAGAUGAUGAGAUGGAUGACAAACCUCAAGGAAUUCACCUACACCAAGUAUGGGUAUACAAUUCCCGACUACCGAGUCAAUGAUCUACCGAUCAACUUCCAACUAGAUAAUGUUCAAAAAGUCAUACUGAAACAAACGGAGUACAACGUCGGUAUGCUUGUCCUUUUCGGAAGGAUGUUCCAGAAGUUAAAGGUGCUCAAAUUGUACGUUCGAGUGUCUACUGUGUUUAUGCACAUGCAAGAUUAUAACCAGAAGGCCAUAGAUCUGAUAAGAGCUAACAUUGGCACUUUGGAAGAGCUUAAACUGUGGCCAACAGAUAGCAUCAUAGAUAAUCUGAUGCUUGUUGACGAGCCAAAGUUGAAGCGUUUCACAAUUAUAAAGAAUGACCAAAGCGGAAUCACGAUCACGCAAGUUGUACAGCUAACCAGACACCAAACCAAGAUUGAGCGGCUUAAUAUAGUGGACGUGUCCAUUGAAGACAUUUCGGCACUUCGUGAAAUUGUACUCAACCUUCCCAACCUGAAAAGUCUAAAGAUCUCUCUCCCCGUAAAGGAAGCUGCAAUCAACGCACUGCCACCGUUCCUGGCCACGCUGACCAAGCUGGAAACGCUAGGAAUCUACAAAACUCUCGAUCGAGAACAGCACCAGUAUUUGCAACUUGGCGAGCUCGGUUUGCCCAACCUGAAAAAGUUCAAAAUGGCCAACACGACGCUUGCAAGAAACUCCCUGUCGAAUUUCGCAGCCCGUUGUCCCAAACUAAACUCCAUCUUCCUGCAAGACGUCACCAUCACGGAUUGGGCCGAACUUCCGGCGCUGGUCUCUCGCGCUCCCUCUCUAAAACAGCUUAAACUGGUGCUCGUGAGGGAGGAAGAAAACAACCAGGCCAUACCCAUCCCACACACCAACCCGCCCACCCAACUGUCCAACCUGCGCCGUCUGUGGAUCUCGUGCACCGACAUUCCCGACGAAACGCUCCACACCCUAGGCUACCUGUGCCCCCGGCUGGAGCUGUUCCAUCUGGCUAUCGUCAUUCGCCAACUUACGGACGACGCUACCAUGGCGGCGCUCUGUCAAACGCUGGAGAACCUGCGAGAGAUUAAGCUGUACGGGCUCGAUAGGAUUAGCGUGCGUACGCUGAAGUGUUUGGUGGAUCGCUGUCCGAAGCUGAGCAAGGUGCUGCUGGGCAGCUGUUCGAUCGAUGAAGACUCGGCGCGGCAAGCGUUGAGACCAUUGAAGGGGGUUCAGUUGGUGUACAACUGUGGCGUGUUUAAGGAUAAGGAGAGAGUUCGGCAGACCUAUGAAUUGCCGAAUGUGAACAACUGAUCGUUUUGUAGAGGCGGAAUCUCCUUAAAACAUAUAUUUUCAAAACAUUUCUUAUAUAUUAUAUACUAUAAAAAUCAUUCCCAACAUUACUUUGUAAACGUUGCCUUUAUGAAACCAUUCACUUUUGUUAUUGCAGAUUUUUCUGUCUUCGUCGUGAAUAAAGUAUAAAAUAAUUUUAAA